AUGGAUGAUAAUGAUAAUCAUGAGGCGCUGCUCAGUUCUCCACUGCUGACAAACAAGCCUAUCUGUCCGAGAUUGGUCACCAAAGAUGGUCGCAGUAUUUUACGUCAAGUUGGAGUGCCACACCAUUACCAGUCCAUUUAUAAAAAUUGGUUCCAUCUCGUGAUCGAGUGCUCAUGGCAUGUAAUUUUAUGUGUUUUCGCCAGUGGAUUUAUUCUCUCCUGGAUCACUUUUGCAUUAAUUUAUUACACUUCUAAUGUUUUAUCCAGUGAAAGUCAUAAAAAAGUCGAGAAUGAACGUUGCAUCGCAAACGUUUACGAUCUCAAAAGCGCUUUUUUAUUCAGUUUGGAAACACAGCACACAAUUGGUUACGGAUUCCGAUAUAUGACAGAUACUUGUCUACCAAUGCUGUUUGUGUUGUCACUGCAGUGUGUGGCAGGUGUUUUUUUGCAGACACUAUUAGGCGGAAUUGUAAUUGCUAAAGUUUUACGUCCGAAAAAACGAAAACAGGCAUUGAGAUUUUCUCAGGUAGCUGUGAUAGGACCGAUAAAUGAAACAGAUAGAAGGCCUGCUUUAAUGAUACGAGUGGCGGACGUUCAAAAUAAUUUAUACAUCGCUGAACCACAUGUUCGAUUAUACAUGGCGAUUUCAAGGAUAAAUAAAAAAGGUGAACGGGAAUUGGCUGACUUCAAAGAUAUGAACGUUGGUUACGAUAAUGGCUGGGAUCGUCAAAGUCCAUUAUUUGCAAUAACGCCUGAUUCCUUGCAUAGUGCUCAUUUUGAGUUGAUUCUGAUUGUUGAAGGAAUUGUAGAAGCUACUGGCAUGACAUUUCAAGCGAGAACUUCAUUUUUGGCAAAUGAAAUACUUUGGGGAUACAGAUUCUGUCCGAUGGUAGUGUUAAACGAAAAAAUUGGCAGGUACGAAAUACGUUACAAACUAUUUGAUGAAACAGAAUCUAUCGAUGAAAUUAACUUCAAGAUGAUUGAUAUGAAUAGUGAAAAUGAAUAUGGUUCAUCACAGAACAUAUCUGGUUUCAUCUGA